AUGACUUCCAAUCCCAACCGAACCGAGGCCCACUACCGAGGUGUACGAAAGCGUCCGUGGGGCCGUUACGCGGCGGAGAUACGCGACCCUUGGAAGAAAACCCGUGUUUGGCUCGGCACUUUCGACACCCCCGAAGAAGCCGCCCUCGCUUACGACGGCGCCGCUCGUUCUCUUCGUGGUAUCAAGGCUAAAACCAACUUCCCCCUUCUAUCUCCUCCGCCUCCACCCCCACCUCCUCCUCCGCCACUACCGCCUUCCCCCCUCUCUCUUGACCUCAACCUCUGUCCCUCUACCACCACCUGGACCGCUGUUUCACCCCACCAAGGCCGGUUCGUUGAGUACUUGAGAAAUGCCGCCGUCCCAGUCGUUAGAGUGGUGAGUGAUGUAGGGCCUAGAAAUGAGGGUCUGGGCCUAGGCCUGGGUUUGAGAAGUCAGCGUGGGCUUGGGUUUGACUUGAAUGAGCCUCCCCCUGUUUGGCUGUAA